AUGUCGACCGAUCUUGUCGCCGUCCUCUCGGAGGGCACCUUCUCCGAGCAGGUUCUUGAGUUUGCCGGCUUCCUCUCGCGCUCGCUGCCCGAGGGCGAGCGCGCUGCGUUCGUCGAGUCCUUCCAGGCAUCCGCACAGGAGGCCGACGAGGACGAGAGCAAGUGCGCCGCUGUGCUCAGCCGUGUUGUGGAUGAGGUGAAGGGUGUUGGCGAGGGCUCGGAGCGCGAGCUGGAGGGCGCAUUCAACCUCCUCACCGCCCUGAUUCUGUACGCAUGGGAGAAGGACGAGGAGAAGCGGGCAGAGGUGCUGGCCAAGCUGUCCGCAGCGGUCAGCAAGGAGCAGUCGGGCUCGGGCUUUGACCGCGCCGGCGCCAAGUACCGCAUCCUCUCGAACAUCUUCAACGCCCUACCCGCCUCGUCCUCCGCCCGCCUCACCGUCUUCGAGUCGCUGCUCGACGUCGCUGCCGCGCACGACGAGCUCGAGUACCUGUCCGACGCCUUCUCCGCCAUUCCCGCCUGGCUCUCGUCGUGGGACGUGCCGAGCGAGCGCAAGUCGGCGCUGCUGUCCAGCGUGGCGAGCAAGCUCGCGGCGGCGGACAACCACGAGCGUGCCUACGAGUUCCUCCUCAUCCACCUGCGCUUCCUCGACAGCUCGUCGCCCGAGGCGGCGCAGACGGCCGAGCAGGUCAUCGCCUCGGCCCUGAAGCUGCCCAAGGUGUGGGAGUUCGAGCAGCUGCUGCAGAUCCAGGCUGUGCAGGCGCUGAAGGGCAAGCCGAUCUUCGAGCUGCUCACCAUCUUCGUGGGCGGAAGCGCGGAGGAGUACAAGAAGUGGGAGGGCGCCAACGGGGGAGAGGUCUCGCGGCUCUCUCUGGACCCCGCGCAGCUUGACCGCAAGAUGCGCCUGCUCGACCUCGCCAGCCUGUGCAGCCGGAGUGUCAGCACCGAGGUGCCGUACGCCGAGAUCGCGUCGGUGCUGCGCGUGCCCGAGUCGGAGGUGGAGGCCUGGGUCAUUGACGUGAUCCGCGCCGGCCUCGUGUCCGGCAAGCUCUCGCAGGUCAACAGCUCGUUCCGCGUCUACCGGUCAACGUACCGGACAUUCGGCGCCGAGCAGUGGCAGCUGCUCGAGCAACGGCUCGUCCAGUGGCAGAGCUCCAUCGACCGCAUCCUCGCCACCAUCACAGAAGCGCGGGCAGGCGGCGAGCCGGCGGCCGUCGCGGCUGUCUAGACGACUGGAGCAGCAGGUCGGAGGGGGGAUGGGAGAGCGUCGCUAGAGGCUACGGCUGGGACGCGCAAAAGGGCAGGGGCCGGCGUGGGCGAGGUGCGACAGCAUGCGCCUCGGCACGUCUAAUCGUCACUGUCAUCAUGAGCUCCGUGCGUGCCGGUGCCGCUUCGUGUGCGCGCUCAAGAGGUGCGGACGAACAGAGCAUGAGUUUAGAGGCGUCAUGAGUCGGAACAGCGAUGAGGUCAAGUGGGUAAGCCGGGGAAUCGCGUCAGGGGGAA